AGAGCAAGCCGCUCGACCGAGUCGUCCCACCAUCAACUGGCAUGCUCCCCUCCCUCUCCCCUAAGUUAUGAACACACCCGAGGUCGAUGGUGUUCUCGACGAAACACCAACACUUCUCAAUUCCACUCUCGAGGCCGCCUUGCGCUUCUUCACUUUGCCAUCGCGUCUCGUCGCUCGCGUCCGCCGGCUUGACGAUGUACUGAACGCGGACAUCGAUACCACCGUGGCGCACACUCGCGCAUACACCGGGACGUCAGCAUCAGGUGCACAGGCAGCCAGGCAUGACGACCCCUCUCUGGGGCUUUCGAUGGAGCCUCUGCCUGGCCCGCUGGGCUUCGUGACGUCCGGCUACUUCUUCGGCCUGUUCAUAAUGGCUCUCGUCUUGAACCGCAUCCAAAACAUUGUCGUUCCCCCGCGCAACCCGCUCGCCGCUCGUAUACACGCCGCGCGCAGUGCAAACGGUCGUCUGUCGUUCCUGCGCAUGUUCUUCGGCUCAUUCUUGCCCGUCGACUUCUCAUCCACGUUCUCUCGUACCUCCUUCCGCAUACCUUCCAUCUACCUCUUGUCGAAAUCUCUACUGCUCUGGACAAUAUUGCUCUUGCAAAUAGCGAGGUUCUGGCCAUCAUGGAGUUGGCUACAACCCGUUGGACAGUGGGCCGCUCAGAAGGAUAUGGAAGACAUUUGCUGGUUCACAUUCACCAGCACCUGUCUCGCACUCGCUAUCGGAGCUCUCACUAGCGGUCUCGAGGGACUGCAUCUCAAUCAUAACGCGCCCUUCAACCUGUUCUCCUUCGCCUUCCAACUACACAUCUACUCGUCGCCGUCUACCCAUGCCGACAAAUUCCGAGACUUGCCUUCGAGACCUAGUAAGCAUGUUAUAUUAACCAUCAUGCUACCGCUGCUGCAGCUUACGAUGCUACACUGCCUAGAAGUGAAGAAGAGCUGGGCCCGUCUCCGCCUCGUCCCUACUACAUUCUGCUCGCUGCUCAGCCUGAUCCACUUCCACUCUGUAAUCUGGACCUCACCGACCUCAUACCCGCUCACGAACUUCUUCCCAUGCGUCGUCGAGUCCAUGCUCGUCUGCCUCAUCUCCUUCUCGGCGCUUCUCAACGUCGUGACACAGCUGCUGCUCGAGGGCGCGGUCACGCGACCGCUCUUCGGCCACGUAGACACGCUGAUGCCGAAGAUGGACGAGGACUUCGGCGUCGCGCUCGUGCGGCUCGGAACCGCAAGCCUCGAAGCGACGAGCGCCGCUGGGAUGGGAAACGAAGUGGGCGGCGUGACUAGCGCGGGCGCUGCGGACCUCGUCGCGCGCCCAGCAGAAGAGGACCGCGGCGUCGUCGAGAUCGACCGCUCAGGUGUCGUCUCGCUGAUGCCAGCAUUCGACCGGAAAGGCCAUAGCAGGAUGCGCCGGCGCGGAUUUUUGAAUGAGAUCACGAACGUGAAGGCGCAGGGACAGAGGGCGGACCUGUGGGCGGAUACGAUGGUGAAUGCCGGGUGGCACAAGGCCGUGCUAAUGUUCUUCGUCAGUGCGAUCAAGGCCUUCAAGCGUGUUAUUGUAGAGGUUUUCGCCGCUCUGUGGGCCAAGGUACGGAUCGGGACCAGCCUGAGCCGACACCACGUCCACACUCCGCCUCCCGCGCCUCGUCGUCCCGAACCGAUCGAGGACGAGGACGAGGACGAUGCAGAGGACAUGGAGGCAUAUCGCCGUUUCCUGCGUGGCGAGUCUGUCAGCGAUGACGAAGACGAUUUCGUGCCCGCCGCUGACGAGUUCCCAUCAAACAACCCAGUCGACGCGCCCGUCUAUGCGCUUGAUGAAGAAAGUAGCGAGGAACCGACAGCAGAGACAGACGAAGCAGCGCAGCUCUUCGCUGAUCUAUCUCAAGAUGCGACCUCGUCUACAUCAGCGCCCGUACUUCUCGCACAUAUGGCUUCGACUUCCACCUCGCCUCUUACACGCCGCAGGUACCGGAGCAUAAACUCAGAGAGGAGCUCCGGUGACAGCGCCGCCGGUGAUUGGGGCGACUUCGUACGAGAACGGAGGGAAGCCAAGGUGCCUGUGCGGGUUGUGGACGACGACUCAAUGGACAGUCGGCGGAACUGUGUUAUCUGCACAGUCGAACCUAGGGACAUCAUAUGCUGGCCAUGUCGGUGUCUGGCUUUGUGCAAUGACUGCCGCGAGAACUUGGCAUCGCGAUCGUCCGCGUCGAAACAUACCUGUCCGUGCUGUCGUCGGAGUGUUGAGGGAUAUUCAAGAAUAUACAUCCCGUAGUCGUCUUGUCGAUGUUUGUAUACUAUUGCGCUGCAUCCGUAUCUAUUCGCGCUCUUU